ACUAGUGUGGCAAAUGUGACAAAAAUAAUAUGAUAGAAUAUGGCAAGGAUAGUUAAAAGCCAAACAGCCCUAUGUCUGGCCGUGCUGUGUGAUCACGAGAAAUCGAAAAUUAUCCAUCUUCGUCAGUCUGUUUCGCGUGAUCCUUGGCGAGCGCGCCCAUUCCUAGCACGCGCGAGUAGCUUUUUCACCCUUCACAAUAAUCUUAUCUAUACUAACCGAGAAUCACAUUCUUUUUUUUUUUGAGAGGGAUAGUAGAGAAGUCGGAGGGAACCACAUUCCUAGCAGGAGUACAAAACACCAAAGAGGGAGAGAUCACAAAAUUUGUGCUUGUUCAGUAAAAAUGGCGGCUGCUACUCCGACGCCCACGCUGGUGCUCGUGCCGGAGUGGGGCGCCGGGCACCUCAUGUCCAUGCUCGAGUCCUGCAAGCGCAUCCUCCUCUGCGGCGGCGGCCGCGCCUUCUCCAUCACGCUGCUCGUCAUGCGCCCGCCCACCGCCGAGGCCACCUCCCAGGUCGAGGAGCACGUCCGCCGCGAGGCCGCCUCCGGCCUCGACAUCCGCUUCCACCGCCUCCCCGCCGUCGACCUCCCGUCCGACGCCGCCGGAGUCGAGGAGUUCAUCGCGCGCUACAUCCAGCUCCACGCGCCCCACGUCCGGGACGCCGUCGCGGGGAUGUCGUGCCCCGUCGCCGCGCUCGUGCUCGACCUCUUCGCGGCGCCCAUGGUCGACGUGGCCCGCGAGCUGCGCGUGCCGUCCUACGUCUUCAUGUCCUCCACCGGCGCCAUGCUCGCGCUCAUGCUCCACCUGCCCGUGCUCCACCACGUGGUCACCGUGGAGUUCGACGAGGUGGAGGACGGGGAGGUGCACGUGCCCGGGCUGCCGCCGAUACCGCCCGAGUCCAUGCCGUGCCCGGUGGUGGACAAGAAGAGCCCCAACUACACCUGGUUCGUGCGCCUCGGCGACAGCUUCAUGGACGCCACGGGGAUCAUCGCCAACACCGCGGACGGGCUCGAGCCGGGGCCCCUCGCGGCCGUCGCCGACGGCCGCGCCGUGCCAGGCCGCCCCGCGCCGCCGGUGUACCCCGUCGGCCCCGUGCUCUCGCUUGGCAGCAGCAAGAAGGAUUCCCCGGAGCCACCGCACCAGUGCGUCGCCUGGCUGGACGCGCAGCCGCCGGCGUCGGUGGUGUUCCUCUGCUUCGGGAGCAUGGGCUGGUUCGAGCCGGCGCAGGUGGCGGAGAUCACCGCGGCGCUGGAGCGGUGCGGCCACCGCUUCCUGUGGGUCCUGCGCGGCCCGCCUUCCUCCCAGUCCGGCGCCGGCGCGCCGGACGGGUCGGAGCACCCGACGGACGCGGACCUGGACGAGCUGCUGCCGGAGGGGUUCCUGCGGCGGACGGAGGGCAAGGGGCUGGUGUGGCCGACGUGGGCGCCGCAGAAGGAGAUCCUGGCGCACCCGGCCGUGGGGGGGUUCGUGACUCACGGCGGGUGGAACUCGGUGCUGGAGAGCCUGUGGCACGGCAUACCGAUGGCGCCGUGGCCACUCUACGCGGAGCAGCACCUCAACGCGUUCGAGCUCGUCGCCGACAUGGGCGUCGCCGUGCCGCUCAAGGUGGACCGGAGGCGGGGCAACUUCGUGGAGGCGGCGGAGCUGGAGCGGGCGGUGAGGUGCCUGAUGGGCGAGGAGGGGAGGACGGCCAGGGAGAAGGCCGCCGGGAUGCGGGACGUCUGCCGCAAGGCCGUCGACAAGGGCGGCUCCUCCGACGCUGCGUUGCAGAGGCUCUCGGAGGCGCUCCACCACGGCGCGGUGGCCCCGACCAUAUGAAACCGUGUACCGCCGUCCGCCGGCACACUUAUAAAUGGAGUGUAUAUUUUUCUCACACGCAAAAUGAUGAUAGUACUAAAUAAAGUUGAAGUGGGUGGUUGGAACACCACAGCACAACAUCAAA